AUGGGUCUGUGCUGCAGCCGCACAAAGUUGCCGCCCCACCUUGCAGUGAAAUACUCGGCAGCUUGUCCACCGAUAAAUGGUGAUGACUUGCAGGAUUCAGAACAGCUCCAGCAGUCCUGCGAGUUUAACCGCUCGUUUGACAACAGUCUGUGGCUGUUCUCAAGAGCAUGGCAGCCGCGUGAGAAGUCCGUCUGGGCAACGCUGAUGAUAGUUCAUGGCACAGUGGACCAUUCAGGGGUCUAUGCAGAGUUAGGUGAGUUCUUGGCGAUGCAGGGCGUGGCGGUCUUUGCCUCUGACAUGCGUGGCUGGGGUCGAAGUGAUGGCGAAGCGCUGUAUGUGGAUAAUAUCGACUCGUUCAUGGGAGACAUCCUUUCUGACUACCAACGCAUACAUAGUUCUGGCUCACCAUAUGCGAAUGUUACAUCACGCUUUCUUCUUGGCAAGAGCAUUGGAGGUUUGUUUGCGGCCUGGACAGCAGCACAGCACCGCGGCAAGUGGACCGGCUUGAUUGGUUUGUCGGGCGCUUUUCAAAUCGAUCCCUCGGUAAAGCCGUCAGCUGCGGCUUUGGCGCUCGUUCGGGCCAUUGCCAGCUGCGCACCGAAGCUUGGACUGAAACCGCCCUUCGAUCCGAAGCUCAUCGUGAGCGAUUCGGGGGCCCUUGAAGCCUGGGAGCGGGAUCCCCUGGUGAGUCGUGGCAAGUUGACAGCAGGCUACAUCCUGGAAAUGCUUCGACUUCAAGAAAUCCUUCCAGACCAGCUCACGCAUCUUUCGAUUCCGGUUCUGAUGUUGUGGGGCACCGGCGACAAGGUUGUCACAGAAGCCGGCCAUACCUUGGUCUUGGAAGCAUCCAAAUCUCCGGCAUCACAGUUCCUGCGCUACCAAAGCGGAUUUCACAACCUCCUCGCAGAGCCCAAACUCAAGGAGACUGUAACGUUUGACAUGGACGUCGACCAGGCCAUUUGGCCUAGCCGUAAACUGCGCGGAGUUGCCCAUGUAAAGUCCCUGUGCCAGCCUCUCGUGCCAUCUGCUGACACCGAUGAGCCCUUGGAGGCUCGGCAAGACUUCUGUGGCAAGAUCUUUAUCGAACUAUGGUCGGAGGACCCUGACGGGUUUCCAAUGCCGGAUGGAUGUUACUACAGCGAGGACGACACAGAUCCAACCAUGAUAGUCAAGCAGCUCCACAUUCUCUUCAGUGAGAGGAACCAUUUGAAGAAGAACACAAGGUACAUGGCCGUUACCAACAUGAACGUCCUCGGGGAGUUGAGAUUUGAUUUUCCAGCAGACGGAGCGGUCUGGGUUUGGUCCAUGGAUGAUGCUUUCAACAACCCAUUUGGCGUGAUCGAGAAGGGUGCCGCCUAUCCCGCUCCGGAGACACGGGUGCCACCCAGAGACACGCUGGGUGAUCCGCAAUUCAGCCAGGUAGGCGAUCCUCGCUUUCAUGAUGAAGGUGCAAUUCCGCGUGGAUUGCGAAUUCUUGGAACAAACGGUGCCCUCAUCGAGGAGAUGCUGACCUUCUGCAUACCGCAUGAUGAGAAAAACCCCAGCGUGUCACCCUCGAUUGACAAUCAGUGCAAAGUCUGCUUCAGUGAAGAGGAGUGUGGAAAUGGAGGCAAUGGUGUCCCGCCUGAUCCAUCGCUGAGCUUUUGCCGAUCGCCCAUUGAUCUCAAAUGCUCUCAAGCAAACGGCAACUUGCUCAACGUGCCAGCCUUUGCUUUCGAGCUGACGGCCAAGCUUGGUUACCCGAUCACUCCGCAGUCCAUACUCCGUCUCUGGCUCCAUCCGCUUACUCAGUGGAACAUUGGUCCAUCAUGCCAGGUGGGCUUCUUUGCAGGAGGCUGUACGCCACCAGUUCCCGGAGGAACUUGCUCCAGUCCGAUUUGCCAGCCGGAGUCCGUGGUUGGUGGUACGGUCGUGGGCAUCGCGUCGUGGCCCAUCAACACCUUGAGGAUCAUUCUCCCCAACAUCAUGGCUGAAAUCACGGACACCAUCACCAUGGCAAUGGAGAUUGGAAACUUGCCACUACCUGCUGGCGGCUUCUUUCCGUCAGUGGUCACGGCUGAGAUCACAAAAGAUGAUGGUUUUGCCCCUGACUACUGGGAUAUCCCAAAGGCACUUGCAGUUGCUACGGUCCAGGGUGGAAGUGCACGCCUCUACAAGAAGCCACAGAUUCUGGCAGCGUCGCUUGUGUCGAAGGUUGGCGACGGAAAUCAAGCCCCCUUCAAAGCUGAUAGUGCCAACAGGAUUUACGCCCGCCUAGUGUUCGGAACGACGUUUUAUGGAUUUGGCAACUUGGUGGAGAUUAACUUCAAGCUUCCAGUCGGUUACGCUUGCUCAACGACGCAGCAGGGUGGCAGUGUUCCCGAUUUGGAACUUCUGGCCAACAUGUUCCCAUCCACAAAAGGUCGAUUGGGCGGCAAACUCACCGAAGUCCGAUAUCGGAACAUACCAGCGACACCCGACGUUAUGUGCCAGCUCACUCUCUUGGCUGACAUGAUCGUCUAUGCCAGAACUGUGUACUUCAUCGAGUUGGUUGUUGACAAUCCGACUGCAGCACUCAAGAGAGAUGACCCAACCAACACAUGGUCUGUGGGAGUGGUCCACGGUGGCUUCAAUCCCGCCGAAAUCAUUGAGGACAAAGCUCUCUCAGCGCAGCAGCUGUCGUUCUGCCCCGCCCCCCGCCAAACGCUGUUCUGCUUGGAAGAUCUGGGAAACGACUACGCUGGUUCGCUCUCCGUGCUUGGAAAGCUGUCAGACUUCUUCAUUGCGCCGUCUCAGUACGGUGUGGGGCAGCUGAACGCCUUGUCAGUCUUCUUCAUGACCGAGCAAGAGGUUGGCUCCUUGACCAGCGUGGAGACGGAGAUUUGGGUUGAUGCGCCAUCUGGUUUUGAUUUCGGCAUGUAUUGUUCAGCCGCACCUCUCGACUCGAUUUACUACAUUCCGGAAGGUCGUGGCACUUCGCCACUGCCGACGGGAGACCUCAUCCCGUGUGUUGGUGCACCAACUUCGGAAUCCGAGCUGACCUACAAUCGGGCCAAGCUCUCAACAACAGGCCGUUUGUUGAGGCAAACCUUCUAUGGCUUUCAAGUCCAAGUGCAAAACGCCGCGAUCUACGUCCGAACCCAGCUCGAUGAAUGGCGUCUCUGGACAUAUGUCAAAGCAACCGGCUAUGGAGUUGAUGGUACCUACGAAACGGCUCGAGUCAAUGAGCGUGUGCCAGCGGGGCCAGACACGAGCUGGGGUAUGUACCUGCAGAGCAUGCCGGCUGAGAACUUCCAGGUGGCCUUCUCUACAUCGCGACCAACCGUGUCAGGGGUUCCUCCAGCAGACAUCACCGUCCUUCCCAUCAUUGCGUCGUUUCCCACGACCCGGGCCAUCCGAGUCACGGCACCUGCCGGCUACGAGUGGGACUUCGAUCAAGUAGACUUUCGGUAUCAGGCGCCGGGUGUCGGAGUAAAUCCUCUCAAUGUGGUCGACGGAGCAGAGGCUGAUAUUCCAAUCAGCGGCAAGCCUGCGCGUCCGAACUCAGAGCCGAAAAACGUUCUUACGAUGGACUACAUGCAGCUGCCAUGGACGCCUGGCGUUAUCUAUGGCUUCGCUUGCAAGAUCAGGAUUCCCAUGGUGCCCCCAACUGGCUCGGCCAAUCAGUUCACCAUCGAGUUCGGAUACAAUGAGGACCUGUUGACCAAUCGGUUGGAAGCGGGCACAGCUGCUGCCCCUGUCGUCCAGCGCUUGAUCAAUGGUGCCAUCACCUAUACAACCAGCAUUAUGAAUCUGCCGGUGGACAUUACCUUUACCUUGCGCACCGUCACGAACAUACCGGAAGGUGGUGGGCUGGUGAUCAUCGGGCCUCCAAACUUUGUGUUCCAGCAGUUCUGCCAGCCGAAACCUGCCAGCAGCUCGCCGGAACUGCCGUACGAUUCCACUUGUCUUUAUGCUCAAAUCACUGCCACCGGGCAGCCGAGGAUCUCCAUCAUCGCCGGCCCAGAAGGGAUCCCUGGCAUGACCUACAAGUUUGCUCUCGCGGCAACCAACCCACCACAGGCAGUGCCGCUAGAUCAAGCUGGCAUCUGGACACUGCUUUCAUAUAGCCUGAUCAGCGAAGAGAUUGUCCUGGACCAGAACACGACGAUUCCGGGCUAUGCAGUGGCACGUCCGAUGGUGUCUGCUGGACUAGUCAUGCAUCCACGAGUUGAUUGUACUUUCACAACGUUGGAGGAGAGAGCCAUCGAUGCAACGCUGCCAGAGACGUUCUGUGAUUUCGAGCAUUGGCAGUUCUACCCCCCUAGGGGCUACCGUGAUGAUCGACCGAAUCGACCUACACAACUAAUCUUCAAAAUGCAGCUCGGAACGCAGGUGGACGUCACCAGUGUGAUGACAGUGCGGGCGCCGGAGGGCUAUGUCUUUGACGCUGAAUGCCGUGUUGUCACCAAGCCUUCCUCGCGGAUAUUCAACGACUCUGCAGUGGACGGAGUCUUGCCUUCUGUGCCGGCCAAUGUUCCGCUUGAUCCGGGGCUUCCUUACACGGUCCGAGGAUAUGCUCAGCGAUACAAUACCUGGCCGGAUGCUGUCGACACCCAAAGCUGCCUCGGCCGGGAGAACGAGGCUCGGAUCACAUGGACAGCAGGUCUCGCACUCUUCAACACAUAUCUGUUUCGACUUUCAGUGCUUCGCAGUCCGCCAGUGACCCCCGAGUACAACUAUUUCUUGUUGGAGUACAAUGGUGAGGCUUCGGACCCCUUCCCCGGCAUAGAUAUUUGGGCCUUUAUGAACACGACCAUCAUUCCUACCACCACAGCUGCAUCUCGUUCAGACUACCAGACGCCGAACGAGGUGACAAUACAGCUUCGCCCGGUCAACGCGGUUCCAAAUGGGGGCCAUCUGAGGGUGACCGCGCCCAGUGGCUUCCUGGUGCCGACGGUUUGCGUCAUGUCAUUGAGGGUGCAUGAGUCGGAAAUGCCCAACAUCUCAGCGUUUGCUCCGGGCCCUGAGCGCGCUCAGCUGCUACAAUGGGCAGAGUUUCUGCCUAGUCACUUGGUGUGUCAGGGCGACCAGACCCCGUCUAGCCGUGGCAGGCUACUGCUGACGCAGGACAUGAAGUACCUGAGAAAGGGUGUACUGUACGUCUUGACGCUGGAGGUGUCAAAUCCGCAGACGACGUCAGCGACGCCGGAAGACUGGCAUGUGCAAUCAUAUGAAGACUUGACCGUCAACAACAUCAUUGACGAGAGUUAUAUCCCCGGGUUUAUCAUCAACACGGCCGUGCAGUCUUUUGCGUACCUGGCCCCGGAGUCCACCAACGCGUUGAUCAAGCACAGGCUGGACUUCAACAUGUCGUUUCCAGACAUUGUUGCCAUCGGGGACCGCCUUCAAAUUGUGGCCCCUGUGUCCUACAUGUUCAGCGAACCUGGUGAUCGCCGUUGCCCCCAGUACGUCUUCCUGGAUGGUGCAAUGACGAAGACAGUACCAAGCUGCAGUGCAAACACCAUAAACUGGCAUCUCAUGGAUGAGUCCAUCCCAGCUCAGAGUCCGGUUCGCUUCAUGGUCCAAGUCCAGAAUCCACCACAGACGCCGGUCAUCAACCUUUUCCAAGUGCGCCAGAUGGAUGCAAACGGGACUGUUAAGACUUCCCGAAUGAUAUCGGGCUACGAGAUCGUCCCAGAACUCGUCAAUCCUAUGGUACGUCAGGAUCCUGCCAUUUUCCCGUGCCGCAUCGACGUGAACUUGGUAACCGGCUUGCCAUGUGAGGGCACUGGAUCCUUUUCUGCGGUGGUCAUCAGCUUCACCGCCUCCCGAAGUGCAGAGCUGGUGUCCAUGCAAGCCCAUGUCAACGGCGAGUCUUACGAUUUCACCAAUGCUCGGUUCGGUGAUGGAAUCGACGGCCCCAUCGUUGUGUAUGGCAGAGACGAGAAGAUUGUUGUCGUGGAGAUGAUGGUGCAUAACGGUGUUCAAGCAAGCAUCACCGUUCACAACGUGCGGAAUCCGAUGACGCCCGGCAUCUCCAAAUGGAGUGUGACAACAUACGUCAAGGGACCAAUUCCUGGAGUUCCGACGACAACCACCGUAAUGCCAGUCGUGGCGUGUUCUACAACAGGAGGGGUAUGUGGCAUGUUCCCACAAGCGGAAGCAAGACGAGAUGAAAAGUUUCAGCCUCAGCUUGCAGUUUCUUUGAAUCCACAUGCAACCAGUGCACGUUUUGGCGUGCUGACUGCCACUCGAAGAGGUAGUCGUUAG